UAAUAAUAAUAAUAAUAAUAAAAAGAUCAGAAGCACAAAGCUCUGUUGAAUUUUUAUUGAGUGUGAGGCCCACUUGAACUCAUCCUAAACAGAGUUCACUCUGUCUCUGCUGAAACCCAUCUGAAAAAGCCUGGAAAAGACUCUACUUAGGAUGACUUGCAUCUUGGGAUUCGUUCCCCUACAAAGAUCCUCUUAACACCCCAAUUACAAUACUAUACUCUACCAUCACCCCGUUUUUUGUAAUAAAAUAAAUUAAUAAUAAAGAAAUUGGAGUUGGAUGAUGGGGAAGUAGGAAGGAAGGAAGGAAGGAUCCCCUACACAAAUACAAAUAAUAUCCAAUUUCCAUUAUUAUUGUGGAUUUGGAUUUGGGGCGCUAAAAGCAGAAUUUGUUAUAAAAUCAGGAUUUUAGUAAUGAGAGAGCAACUCAUGUGGCGGCUUGUAGUAUAUGUACCAGGCAAAGGACGAUCAUUACUUUCUGUUGCUGCUUCUGGUCCUUCCUUCUUAACUGUACUUCCUUUGUAGACAUUUCAAGGUCAAGAGAGAGAGAGAGAGAGAGAAAGAAAAGGGGGAGGGAGGCACACACAUAUGAAAUGAUGAUGAUGAUGAUGAUGAACCCUAUUCUGUGAUGAGCAAGUAUAUAUGUGAUCUUUGUUGGUCCUAGCUAGGUUGGUUUUCAUGGUCGUACCACCAUAUAUGUUUGCUUAUUAACAGAACACCACCACUCUACAAAUAAAGCUCCUCCCCACCCACUACCACCUCAUACCAACCAAUUUCUACUCUUCCCUUAGGAUAGUGGAUCCAUCAAACUAUAUCCAGCUGGAAGUGGAAGAAGCAGAAUAUAUAAAGAUAGUUUUAGAAGAAGAAGAAGCAUCGAUUGAUCGAUCGGAGAGGGGUUGGGUUUGUAUGUGUAUGUUAGGAUGGCUCGAGCAGUGUGCGAAGAGAAAUCGAGGGAGAUGGUGUCAUCAUCAGGUGGUUUCUGUUACUCGGGGACGACGAUGGAAGGGUUGGUGGGGGACCCUGCAGACAUGUUCAACAACCUCACCAGUGGCAUGGACAUGGUAGGGUUUUCGAAGAAUGUUGAUAGCAGCAACCCUCACAUGUGGAAGGCUUUGUUUGGGAAACAAGGGCCUUCCAGUAGGAGCAUCAACAACGAUUCUUCUUCAGCCUCCUUCUACCAACAGCAACAGGUUGAUGAUGAUUCAUCGUGGCAGGAGAACAGGUUGGUGGUUGACGAUUCAUCUCUGAGGUGUGUGUUCCCAUGUGAAGGAAACGAGAGGCCAAGUCAAGGUCUCUCGCUCUCUCUAAGUUCAACGAAUCCCUCAUCCAUUGGCUUGCAAUCUUUUGAGCUCAGACAAACCACUCACCCUCAGUCUCAGCCUUAUUAUGCAUAUCAAAAUUUUGCUAAUAAUAAUAAUAAAGCUGCAGCUUCCUCCUCAUCUACUAGUGCUUAUCAAGGACACUUGAUGCUCAAGAACUCCAAGUACUUAGUUCCAGCACAGGACCUUCUCAACGAGUUUUGUAGCCUGGCCAUAAAGCACAAGUCCAACAACAACAACCACCAGCACUGGGAAGAUCACGAUUCCUCAAAGAAGCCUUCUCCUACCUCUAUUGAAUUCGUGGAGCUGCAAAAGCGAAAGACCAAACUGCUUUCCAUGCUCGAAGAGGUUGACAGGAGAUACAAGAACUACCGGAUUCAGAUGAAGGCGGUGGUGUCUUCCUUUGAGGCGGUGGCUGGGAACGGUGCUGCCACGGUUUACACGGCUUUGGCACAGAAAGCCAUGUCUAAAUAUUUCAGGAACUUGAAGGAUGCGAUAAUGGGGCAGAUUCAGGCGACAAGAAAGGCCAUGGGAGAGAAAGAUCCAGUUGCACCAGGCACCACCAAGGGCGAAACCCCGAGGCUGAAGAUCAUUGACCAAGCUUUGAGGCAGCAAAGGGCAUUCCAGCAAAUGAGCAUGAUGGAAAGUCAUCCAUGGAGACCUCAGCGUGGCCUUCCCGAGCGCUCCGUUUCUGUUCUUCGUGCUUGGCUCUUUGAGCAUUUCCUCCAUCCUUACCCAAGCGACGUUGAUAAACAUAUUCUAGCCCGCCAAACUGGCCUAUCAAGAAGCCAGGUUUCAAACUGGUUUAUCAAUGCAAGGGUUCGUCUGUGGAAGCCAAUGGUGGAGGAAAUGUACAUGGAGGAAUUGAAGGAACAAGAAAAUAUGAUGGCUUCUUCGGAGGGUGCUGACGACCCGGACCUCCACCUGCCAUCAUCACGAUCGGAGGAUCAGAAGCCAAGCGUAGUGGUUGGAAUGGAGUCCGAUCAGUGUGCGUCAUCAUCCAUGCUCAACAACAUAAAAAACGACCCAAAGAGCAGCCAUAAUAAUCAGGAAGAAGAAUGCUUGGGGCGAGUGAUGGACACGUUUGGAUCGGUGGAGCUUGAUUUCUCUUCAUACACGCAGCAGCAGCAGCAACAGCAGGGUUUCAAUGGGGUUUCUUUGACUCUAGGGUUACAACAGCACGGUGGAAGCGGGGUGAGCCUGGCGUUCCCUCCUCCUCCGGUGAGCAGUCAUCAUAGCUCGCUCUUCUACGCAACAACCAGGGAUCAGAUAAUGGACAGCUGUCCACCCUCAUCGUCAUCUAUAGUUCAUCACUACUCUCUUGUUGAUGGCGAACCACAAAAUCUUCCUUACAGGAAUCUCAUGGGUGCACAGUUGCUUCAUGACCUCGCUGGCUAAUUUAUUUAUUUAUUAAUAUUUAUUUUCAGAUUUCCAUGCACGUGCCUAACAUGCUCUUUCAAAUUCCUUUCUUAAAUAUAUAUACACUACUACAUACAUAAAGCAACUCUUGAGGUUAGAAAUAUAUAUAAAUCCUAUAGUUAGUUCCUCUAUUUUUAA